AUGACAACUAGAAAAGAUAGAAAGGAGAUCUUAGACUCCUUAGAAGAUGAAUUCCGAUCAGAUCUAUCAAUCCAUUUAUAUUCUACAGUUCUUCUACAUCGAGUUAAUCCUUAUUUCCCUCGACGUCAAUGGUCUGCAUGGCCGUUAGAUUUUGAUGAUGUUCCAAUACCGAAACAUGAAUAUGAAGAUAAUUUAAUAAUAAAUGAAGGGUAUUAUGAUAAGGAUAUAGAAGUUGAUUAUGACGGAUAUAGACGAGUAAGGAAUCAAUAUAAGAAACUGCGUGAUAAAACCAGGCUGAUUGUUUCUAAUGACAAUGAAGAUGAGUCAGAAGAAGAAGAAGAUAGUGAUCUGGAUAAUGAAAGCUCGGAUCAGGAACAGGAUAUCCAAAUCAAAAAGCAGGAAUAUGACCCAAUAGAUCUCGUCAAGAAACCAAUUAUAAAAGUCACAAUGAAAGAAUCGGUCCCCAAUUCAAAGACUCUCCUACUUAAUGAAUUAUCAUCUCAGAUCCAAUCCAAAAUCAAUCAAAAGAUAUCUAAAAUGAAACAACAUGGAAAGAUCAAUGAUAGUCUAGAAACAAGUGAUAGCAUGUCUUCGAAUGUCAUGUUUAAACAAUUGUCACAUCAGCUUGCCAAUCGAUUUGAUAAUAUGCUUAAUGAAUUGCUAACUACCACCACUAAUACUACAAGCCAACCUAUUGGAUGGCAACGGGUUCUUCAAAGUGCACUCACAAGUGAAAAGUCUCCAUAUAAAAAGUUGAAUACUGAAACUUAUAGAAAAUUAUAUUCUCGUUGUGAAGAUGCAUUUGAGAACAUUCAGUAUAAUUAUGAAUUUGAUGAUUUGGAAGAGGAUAUGCCCCAAGAUGAUAUUGAAGUGAUUGGAAAAAAUGGGUUUAAUGUUGUUAAUUAUUUGAUGUCAUUGAAGGAUGAACAACUGACAUCAGGAAGAUUACCCUAUGAAGGAUUGGCAAAAGAAUAUUUAUUGAAGCGUGAAGCUAAGUUGGAACAAUCAAGGACUUUAAAGCAUCAAUUUUUUAAGAUGUUAGAAAUUCAGGAAAAGUAUCAAGAGAUGGAUUGGGAUAAACACAUUAAAAGAAGUCGAAAAAAACAACGGAUCGCCUUGGAGGAAGAUCUAAGUAAUGUUGAAGAAUUAAGAAGGAUGAUUUGUCAAGAUGAAAAUAAUACCAUUGAUGAAGACACGUACUUGAUAAACAAAUAG